AUGCUCUACGUUUUACUCCUAUAUUGGGCAAUAUCUUCUCUGAAUGCUCAAUCACUCGACUUGAAACUCCAUCGUCAUCAGGGAUGCGCUCUCAAGAAGACGGCUUUGUGGAACCGAAAAAUCGAGUUUGAAAGCGGUCAAGGCUUUAAAGGAGCUCAGCUCGUGAAGCUCAAUCAAAAUGGAUGCUAUUCGAUACAAGGAAAGGUGACGAUUCACGAGGAUAUCACUGAUAAUUUAUUGAUCUAUCUAUCUGUUUCAACGAUGGGAGACGUGAAUCGACCGCCGGAGGUGUGCAGAGAUUCGGCGAGUGAUGGAUGUGGAGGGAUUGGCUCGUGCCUAUACUGUCGCCCCUGUGAAUCACUCGGCUCAUUGAGUGAGAUCCUCGGAGCUCAACUCGUUGUCGACGGGAAAAUUAUGGGCUGUGAACCAUUGAAACAAGGUGAUUACGAGAACGUGGAACUCCGUUUCUGUUUGCCUGACAUAAAGAAAAUUAUGGAAUGGCAAGGGAUUUCGGAGGCGGCGCUCGACAGAAUUUUGGCCACAACGGCGGUGGAUGCAUCCGGUGCUCCAAAGCUUUCCCUCUUCGUCACAGUUUAUAUUUUCGAUCGUGAUGUGACUCCAUUGUUAAAAUCACAAAGACGCCUUGAGACCAAAUUGCGUGAACAGAAGAAAAUCGCGUUCGAUGAUCAACUUGAGGCGAAAACCUACUGGAAUCUUCCAUUUAAUCAAAUGAUCAAGAAACAAACUGGAUACGUUGGAUGUCAUAAAUUAUAUGGAACUGUCACGCUUCACCCUGUA